AUGUUUGGGCCAGGAGUGGUUCGCAUGCGUCAAACUGUAGCAGCUGCAGCGGCGGCAGCGGGUGCAAAUUCACAAUCUGUGAUUGCCACGUUUGCUCAGGAGCACUCAUCUGUUGCCGCCUCCACAUCGGCCACUAUUUCAGCAAGCAGCGUUACCGUGACAUCAACAACUACCACAAAUGCCAGAAGAACAGCUGUGACAAGUAAAUUAGAGAAGGAAAAUGCUGCUGUUUGUGAGGGGAGCAGUCGCAACGCCAUUCAACUGGACGAAAAACGAGUGCAGCGUGUUGUCGAAGUAUCCGCGAACGAGCCAUCAAAAACGUUGUCCCAGAAAAUAGCAGGUGGCUACUGUACCGAUGAAUUAUACGUGUAUGUUCGAGGACGGGGGCGAGGUCGAUAUGUCUGCGAUCGGUGUGGAAUACGUUGUAAAAAACCGUCAAUGCUAAAGAAACAUAUCAGGUGA